AUGGUCUUCGGUGAUUUCAGCUCCAUCUGCAGCAAGGCGCCGCUUCCCCUCUGUACACUAGUUAAACCUCUUAAAGGCACUCAAAAUGUGGACACCAUCUACCAUGGCAUUCUUCCAAAAUGUUAUGCACGUACAGUCGAUCUUGCAAACACACUGAUAUUUGAAAUAGGAACGGCAUUUAUAAACCUCGGCAAUCUUGUCAUUCUACUCAUGAUUAUCUAUUUGGUGAGACUACGAUAUACCUCUGUGGCUCGAAAGGAAAUGAUCUUCUUCUUCUGGUCCCUUAUAUCCCAUACUGUCAUCACCCUCAUCAUAGACACUGGUGUUUCACCACCGGGCUCAAGAACGUACGCUUACUUUGUCGCUUAUGAAGUUGGUAAUACGGCCGUUGUUUGUUGGUCCUUGCUCUUUGCUGGACUCUCAAGCUUUAAUUUCUGGGAUGAUGGUUCUUUCCAAACGAUCUUCUCUCUGUACAUCUCUUCGGCAUUUGUCUUCAUUGUCAAUUACCUAGUUGCCAUAUUCACAUUCAAAGGAUGGGGCGGCGGCCUUCAAAAUGAUAAUACCAUCGCACUCUAUGUGUUUUAUUUUGUCCUUAACGCCAUAAUGCUCGGCUUGUGGCUAGUAUCACAACUAAUAAUUUGCUGCUUUACAUUGGUGUGGAAUUGGUGGGCACUUGGUGCUCUGUUCUUAACUUGUUUCUUCUUCGCCGCAUCUCAGGUUCUCUUGUACGGAUUCAGUGAACAGAUUUGUCUGCGUUUGAACCAUUAUGUCGAUGGAUCUCUCUUUAGUACAUUGUCCACAAUGUUCUGCUUUAUGAUGAUCUACAAGUUUUGGGACAUCAUCACUUUUGACGAUGAUGAAUAUUACAGAUUCACAGCCUUUGUCCCUGCCGUUGCAAACAAACAAGAAGCUAGCGCCCUACUAAAGAACUAA